AUGGCAAAUACAAUUUCGAAUAGAUUGAUUUUGAGAGAUCAAAAGAUCCUUCUCAGAGUCUACGAGAAGAGUGACUACGACAAAGUUCUCCUAUUUUUGCGACAAUACUUCUAUCCAUUUGACCAAUCAAGCCAAGGAAGGGUAUCAAAGAGUCAAUCGCCUGAGGAUGAAGAAGUUGAAAUGAGAGGUAUCAAUUCGGGUGUAUCAGUGCUCGCUGUAACUGAUGAUGACAAACAGGAGAUAAUUGGGGCAUCCCUGGCAAAGCCCUACACCGAAGAAGAAUGCCGUGAGACCUUGGGAUACCUUAAGCAACUCUCUGCUCUUCGUGGGUACCCGAAUGAUCUCGAGGCGAUCAUCUUUGCGGAAGAAAUGAAGAUUCGAUCACAAAUCUGGCGACGGCACUGCAUCAAUGAAGCUCUGUACCUAUCAGUAAUGGCCAUUAAGGAGAAUUUUCAGCGACUCUCACUCGGUAGAACACUUAUGCAGAAGAAUCUUGACUAUGCCACCGAAUUGGGCUACAGUGUGGCCUUUGGUUUAUCUGUUACCCCACGAGGUAUUAGAUUAAUUGAAAAAUUUAACUUUAAAUGCAUCUACUGCAUUAAUUUUGUGGAUUACAAAGAUUACCGAGGACUUUCGAUCUAUAACACAUUUCAGCCACAUCUGCAAGCAAAAGUCUUUGCAAAAUUCCUUUAA